CAUCUUGUCGAACUCGUCCUCGACCACCUUCUGCUUCGCGGGAGACAUCGGAUAGGGUCGAUCCUUGAACACUUUGGCUCCGUCCAUCAGCUCAAUAGUGUGCUUCUCCAGACUGGUGGUACCUAAGCCAUCCCUCUCGAAAGUCAAGAACUGCUGCUUGAUCUCCUCCAGCUCUUGUUCCUCGGCCUUGGAAAGCGUCCAGGAUUCGGGAUCGGUUUUCUCCUCAUCGUCAUCCUCGACCUCCGCGUAGUGUUUCAUCUCCCUGGCGUGUAAUUCUUCGCCCUUCUUCACGCCUUCCGGAUCGAUGGGGCCUAUAAUCGCUGGGGCCAGUCCGAAUGCUUGCCAAAAAUCCACUCCAAAAUAAGCUGGCUGCUCCAGACUCACACUCGCUCCAGUGUCCAACAACCCCGUCAGUUGCUUGGUCAGGACUCGGACUGCGGCGAACGGUCUGGGAUCUCGCGAUAAACUCCGCUUCACGGCGGCCACUGCUUCGCGUCGGCAGUUCCGACGUUUGCGAAAUCGGUCCCUGGCCUUCUGCACCUUGCGAGACACCAUACGCAUCCCGCCUAACUGGUGCUCCGAGAAGCUUCUGUUCCUGGUCUCUAGAUACCGCCGCAUCCUCUCCGCAUAAGCUCUUCUUCUCUGCGGAACUCCUGUCUGGACGCAUCCUCUCCGCCCUCGGAUCGCCCAGCCGACCGUUUUCCGCACAAUCCGGACAUUUGGGAGACACGGUGUCGGGCUUCCCACAUCGGUAGCAGAACAGUCUGCGUUCUGUUGCUGCGCAGUCACGGAACCCGUGAUCCACGGCUCCGAAAUUCCAGCAGCCGGCUCGGAACGGAUUCUUCGCCCGCACUUCGUCCACCUCGUGCCACGGAGAAUCCUCGCCAGGCUCUGGGCCAAUAGCCUCGCUAACCUUGGCCUUCUCCGCCGGAGGAUACCGAAUCGGCUGCGUGUACGUGGUCCGUCCACGUCGUCCAAAACUGCGUUCCACCUCGCAGCACUCUUCCCGCAGUUCAUCCACCGUAAGCACAUCCAUCGCGUAGACAAACCUUGCGAUGCUCUCCCUCAAGCCCUUUUUAAUAAUCGUCACCAGCUGUCGCUCUGACAGUGGCCUUUUCAGUCGAGCCGCCAACUGCUGCAUCGCGUGGACGUAAUCGCCAACUCCCUCUCCGGGCUGCUGCUCCCUCUGCAGAAGUUGGUGCAUCCGAUCGUGCUCCGACUGAUGGCAUCGGAACCUAUCCAUCAGCGAGGCUCGAAGCUGGGACCACCUGUC